CGUACGUGGACAUUUUAUUAUAACGCGUCUCAUGCAGAAAGCAAUUAUGGAGUGAAGGCAAAAUGAAAACACAACAACAUACAGCAGCAACAACAACAACAAUAAGCUCGUUAGAGGUGAGCAGAGACAAGUGUAGCAACAGCGACGAGCAGCGAUUAUAGACAAUUAGCUAACUCUUUAGCGCUACAUAAACAUGUAUAAAAAUACGUAUACUAUCUCUACAUUAUAGAUACGCAUAUGUGUGUGUGUUCGCAAUCAAAUAAGCGGCGUCAGCCAAUAACGAUUGGUUCAAUGCUCUCUAUUAGUCUCGCUCAUUGGCAUACGCCAUAUUGGAUUUGGUCUACCAAUAGGGCGGAGCUUGUGCUUGUUGUUGGUUUGUGUUGUUGUUGAUCGCUAUGGAAUGAAGGUGCGAAAACAGUAGCAACAACGCCGUUGCGCUAAUCUCCUGCACCAACAACCCCCAUUAGAGCGGAGCUCAAUUGCUGAACGCAGCCAACCAGACGACUGCCUGUUCGUGUACGUGAUAUGUCUGCGCGGCGACAUCGUUUAUUUAUGUCGUUUGCUUGCUUUUGGGCUCUUGCCAGCGUGUCAACGUUGGGAACAGUCGCCAGCGGUGAGCGUCAGUUAGUGUGCUGUCGACUUUUCAACGGUUCAGUGCUUCGGGUUUGACGGAAUAACUCGAGUUUUUCUUUCGAUUGUGGUUUAUAUACAAGUGUUCUAUAAAAUUUAUAAAAAAAUUCUCGAGAUAAUCACAAAGUGAAACCUUUAUAUAUAUUUAUUAAUACUCAUAACCUCAUUCGAAAAAAUAGUGGCACAGUGUGUAUUGUGUUAGAUAAAAAUACUGAUAAUUAAAAAACAUACUAAAUACCUGUAAAAUAAACCCCUUUCGCCUCAAUUAAAAGUGUCAUUCUGCAACAUGGAGGGCACUCGGCCCCUGGCUACGGAAACUGCUAGCAAACUAACAAAAUUUUCUACACCCUUUUCCAUCGAGAGUCUGAUCGCCAACCAUCAACAACAUCAGCAACAGCAACAACAACAACAAGAGCUCGAAAGAAACACACAAAUAUUAGCGCCCACCAAUAAUCGUGAGCAGGAUGAGCUGAAUGCACGCGCUUUGGUCGCCUCUUCGGCGUUAGGUCUCGCCAAUUUCCCCUUCUACAAUCCCUGGCUACACGGUUAUUUCGCACAAAAUCACGAUCGGCUUACACAGCUGAUCUCCAGCGGCUGUUACCUGACCAAUUUUGCCAAAGUUGAGCAGAGUGUCAGCUCAGCGCCCCCACUGCCGUCACAAUUAGCCUCGAAAGGCACAACCACAAUGCCACCUGCUCAUCCGCAUGCGUUGGCCGCUGGUGCCAAUUUCACGGGUAGCAGUGAUCACGCACGCUCGCUGCCGUCGGUGUCGGCACAUGCGCUGGAGCCACGUUUUCUCUUUAAUCCGUCGGAAGCGUCAAAUUAUCGUGAUAAACUGUUGCUGAGCGGUUUCGGUGGGCUGGUUGGUGCUGAGCAUGCUCCAACAAAUGUGACGCCAGCGGGUCUUGCCAAUGAAGCCAGCGUUGAUCAGCAGCGCUCAAAUAUCGAUUUUGCGGGCGAUGAUUAUGUGCACAAUUUAACGGUACACACGCGUCUACAGAGUCCCAAUUCGAGUAAAACCAACGCGUUGCCAUGCGAACAACAGCCUCCAAAUGAUAUGAGCUUGAUGGCUUCGUCUGCCUCCAGUUGUGCGAAUACGAAUAGUCGCGAUUCGUUGAAAUCUCACACGUCCGAAGCGCUCUUGGACGUGGGCAUGGAUGAGGAUUUCGAUUGUAGCGGUGAUUCCUGCAGCGAUAUUAGUCUAACAAUGUCACCGAAAAAUUACAGCACUGAUAUGGAUAAGAGCAGAGGCUAUACACACUCUGAUAGUGAAGACUGUUCCGAUGAUGAAGCGACGGGUGGACAAAACGACUCAAAUAAAGAUUCCUCCAGUAAUUUUGGCGGUAGUAGUUCGAAAUCGCGACGAAGGCGAACAGCUUUUACCUCCGAGCAAUUAUUGGAACUGGAAAGAGAGUUUCAUGCGAAGAAAUAUCUCAGUUUAACGGAGCGAAGUCAAAUAGCGACGACACUCAAACUCAGCGAAGUGCAGGUGAAAAUCUGGUUUCAAAAUCGUCGCGCCAAAUGGAAGCGUGUCAAAGCCGGUCUCACAUCGCAUGGUCUCGGUCGCGGUGCUGGCGGUGGCACCAAAAUAGUCGUACCCAUACCCGUGCAUGUGAAUCGUUUUGCGGUGCGUUCGCAACACCAGCAGCUUGAGAAAAUGUGCCUGAGUGGUCCAAAACCGGAUCUGCGUAAGAAGAUGCCCACCGAACUGAGCGGCUUUGAGAAAUUCAAUGCUGCCAAUGGUGUGAUCGCGGGUCUGAGUAAUGGCAGCGCUGCUGGUGUGCUCAACGCUGCGGCGUCGCCGGCAGCAUUAAUGGCGGCAGCGAAUAUGGCGGCGGCAACGAACACAGUGACGGGCACUUUGGCGUUGGCGCGGAGUAUUUAUUGAGUGGUUGAUCGGUCGCCGUUAUGCGGUGGUAAUUUAAGACUUCAGUUUUACGUUUGUUCUGAGAUUAUAAACUAAUUAAUUAAGCGUCUAAUUAAAUAUUAAUUUAUUUGUUUUACUUUUUGGCAAUUAGUGCCAGUUUUACUUAAAAUUUUAAUUUGUUUUAAAUAUUAAGAGAAUAUAAAUGAAAUUGAAACAAUU